UAUAACGUGUCAUUUUCUUUAUUCUCUCUCGUUCUCCAAGACCAUUCAUUCACUGUUAUCAGCGCUUUGUGUCUCCUUCUGCAUAUGUAUGUAUUUGUAUCUAUGUAUUAGUACAAGCUUUUUCCCCCAUAAUCACACCUCAAAAACAAAACAAAACACUAAACAAACACACAAAUAAACCCUAAUUUUCUUUCUUUUAUUCACUCCAAAAUGACAUUUUUCAUCUUCAUCUUUUACUUGCUCUACUGAACUAAAGACUGUGAUAAAGCCCCAAAGCUCAAAGCUUUAGCAUCAUCGGGGUUUCAUGGAGCGUGAUAAAGCUGUAUGCGGAGUGUUUAAAUUGUUAUUCACUCUGUUCUGCAUUGUGAAUGCUGGACCAUGUGCCACAAGUAAGGAGAAGAAUUCAGUGAAAUGUGAUGCAUGCGGGCCUUACAGUGAAAAUUUUAAAGUGCAUUAUGAUGAUGACUUUGCCGCUGAUGGUGAUAAUCAAAUUCUCUCUGGUAAUUCAGCGGCUCAGCCUAGUCUUGAGAAUGUAUGUUCUAAUUCAAAUUUGUUCUGCUUUCCUUCAACUUUGCCUGGGUUUUUGUCCGAAGACAAAAUUGCAGACUCAGCUGAUCUGAAUGAUUCUGAACUUCAGUUAGAUGAUAUAACGUCAACUCAUGGGAAAAGCAACGCAACAUGGGCAUCUAACGUUGAUAGUUAUAAGUUGUUAAAUGGGAGGGUUGUUUCUUGCUCGUUAAACUCACUUGUGGGUGAUCAUGAUAAUUUAUGUCACCGAAGCAGUUUAUGUGACCAGGAUGAUAUUACUUCUUGUAGAGGAACGUUACUUGAUCGGAGAGCCGCAGGAAAUGAGAACUCUGCCAAAAUUAAAUCUGAUAUAUCUGAUGGUGGUUCUCUCCAGGUAGAAAUAAGUCCUCCUUUGCUUGACUGGGGGCAAAAUUAUUUAUAUAAACCUUCGUUAGCUUUCGUAACAGUGACAAAUACACACAGCAAUGGUAUUCUAAAUGUUUAUGAACCUUAUAGCACCAGCUCACAGUUUUAUCCUUGCAACUUUAGUGAAAUGACUCUAGGACCUGGUGAGGCUGCUUCAUUUUGUUUUGUCUUUCUACCUACAAAUUUGGGCAUUUCCUCUGCCCAGUUAAUUUUGCAGACAAGUUUCGGUGGUUUCUUAAUUCAGGCAAGUGGCUUUGCUAAUGAAUCACCUUACGGCAUAGAACCUUUGCUUGACUUGGAUCGUUCUUCUGGGAGAAGGUUGAAGAAGAAUUUGUCUUUCUUCAAUCCCUUUAAAGAAACCCUCUAUGUAGAAGAAGUAAUUGCUUGGAUAUCUUUUUCUUCAGGAAGUACUUCCCAUCUGGCUAAGGCUAUUUGUAGUAUUAAUAGUUUACAAAAUCAUGCUGGAAUUAGUGACCCUAGUGUGCAAAAGUGGGUCGGCAAGAAGCUUAGUCAAGUAGAUAUGCCAGAAAUAGUGAUGAGACCCCAUAGGAAAUGGGAGGUUGCUCCCCAGAGUACUGAAAUAAUUAUAGAUAUAGACUUUCAGCAUUCCAAGGGGACAAUCUUUGGUGCUUUGUGCAUGCAGGUUUUAAGGUCUUCAGUAGAGAAGGCUGAUAUACUUAUGGUUCCUCUUGAAGCUGAAGAUGACAUCACAUCAACAUAUGGCGACCAUACAAAUCCUGUUUCAGUAUCCCUUGAAGCCCUUCUGCCAUGUGAUGAAAGUGGAAUAGUUCUUGCUGCCUUGUCUUUGAGAUAUAAUGUUCCCCAUCUGCUAAAAGUUGUCAAAAUUAGUGCAGUUGGAGAAGAUGCUCAAUCUUUGCUGUUCAAAUAUGUAGAGGGGCUCAUAAUUUUUCCUGGCACUGUCACUCAGGUAGCUGCUGUCACAUAUGCUCCGGUUGUUGAUCAAUCAAACAAGUUAGAGUCUGAAGUGACCAAUUUAAGCAUGAACUGUAAAGUCUUGGUGACGACCAAUGACUCGAGCAAUUCUCAGAUUGAGGUUCCUUGCGGUGAUAUAAUCAGCAUCUGUUCAGGCCAUGGCUCUGAUCAUCUCCAUGAAGAUGUGGAUACUGACCUUGAUAUCCAGCCACGUUCACAACUCAAGGCAUUGGAAAUGGCACAACCCGAUGAGCUAGUACUUCUGAAUUGGAGAUCUCAUGGCAGGUCUAGGGACAUGUCUGUUCUUGAGGAGCAUGAGGUCCUAUUUCCGAUGGUUGAAAUUGGAAGUCAUCAAUCUCAAUAUAUCACUGUCAAAAAUCCCAGCCACCUACCGGUUGUAAUGCAGCUUAUCUUGAACUCGGGGGAGAUUAUUGAUGAUUGCAGGGACUCAAAUGGGAUUUUGCAGCCUUCACUGGUUCACAGUAAGGAUAUUGCACCAGCAAGGUAUGGUUUCUCGAUAGCAAAUAACGCAGUAACAGAGGCCUUUGUCCAUCCUAAUGGCAGGGCAACAUUUGGUCCAAUUUUAUUUCAGCCGUCAAGCCGGUGCUGGUGGAAAAGUUCAGCUCUAGUUAGAAACAAUCUUUCUGGUGUUGAGUGGUUAAGUCUGCAAGGUUUUGGGGGUUCACUGUCACUUGUUCUGUUUGAGGGAUCAUAUCCAGUGCACAGAAUAGAAUUUGAUUUCAACAUACCCUCAUUUUUUAAUCUUUCAUCUUCAGGCAUGCUAAACGCAAACAACAGCAGUGCUUGUUCACAGCCAUAUUUGAAAGAAUUCUAUGCAAAGAAUACAGGGGACUUGAUUUUGGAGGUGAGCAAAAUCGAAAUUUCAGGGGCCCGGUGCGAGUUGGAUGGUUUCCUUGUACAUGCGUGUAAAGGUUUUGCUCUUCAGCCUAACGAAUCUAAGAAACUUGUUAUAUCAUAUCAGAGUGGUUUUUCAGCAGCUAUUAUACAGAGGGAUCUUCAGCUUGCUUUGUCGACUGGUAUUCUUGUGAUACCAAUGAGAGCAAGCCUCCCCACAUCAAUGCUCCAUGUUUGUAAAAGAUCACUUUUAUGGACGAGGGUGAAGAAAUAUUGGCUUUUGGUUGUUGUUGCCUCUUCCUUGAUGUUACUUAUAGUUCCACGCAUCGGCUCCCUGGUGCUAUCUUCUUACUCCCAGAACCAUCUAUUUAGUGGCAGAAAAUGCCCUAUCCCCACUUUAAGUCAUCGUGGAGAUUGUUCCUUUUGGAAUUGUAAUCACAGAGACAGUAGCAAGUUUACAUUGCCUGCUAAAUUAAGUGGGUUUUUAAGGUUGUUGGGCAGAGAGGCGUUGGUGACAGAGUCUGGAGCAAGAUGUUUAGAUGGUCAAUAUAUUGAACCAGAGCAGGAGAAAACUGUUACAUCUGGUAAUUUGGCUUCGGGUAAUUCAAGCCAAAAAAGAUGUGUAGUAAAUCCUCAGAAAGAAAGCAAGUUGGGGGUAUCCUUGUUGUCCAAGUCAGUUGCACUUGAGAAUUCAGCUAUGCAAGAUGUAUCCGAGUCUGAAAAACUCACAGUUAAAGUUGGAAAAGAUAAAGGAAAACGGCGAAGGAAGAAGAAGGGUUCUACUUCAGGAUUGACAGGACAACCUGAAGUUUCGAGUAGUCAAAGUGGCAAUUCUACACCAUCAUCUCCCUUGUCCCCACUCACACCUUUUAAUUCCAGAAAAUCAUGUUCCAAAUCUCCUGAUGUGGAUCCUUGUCUUGAGGUGAAGAGUCCAUUUGCCAAUCCGCGACACAAGAAGAUUCCAGGCCCGGAAACGAGUUCGAAAUCAAACAUGUCAGAUCGCACAGGUUCUGUAAAGUAUGGAAACAACAGUUCAAGUCUAAAUAGUACAGUGAAGUCUCCUACACCUAGUCCUAGACCAAGACGAGUAGCUACACCGGUGCUAUUACCUUCAGCAACCUUUCCUUCUGCUGGCAAGUCCUCCCCUAGUAUGUUCACUGCUACCCCUCUUCCGUCUUCAACAUCUCCUAUUGCUCCACAUGCUCGGGCACCUGGUUCGAAGCUUGGUGAUCAGAGAGUAGUUAGAACACAGGAUCAGAAGAAAACUGAAGAUACCUUCCAAUAUGAUAUCUGGGGUGAUCAUCUCUUCGGUGUCCACCGAAUGCUGAAGUCCGGAGAAGUUUACACCAAGUCGAGGUUUGCUGCUAAGUCAGAGCCCAGGUUCCCUUCAACCUCUGAGUCCGGGUUUGCAUCAAAAUCCGACUCCAAUAGUUUCUUUGUAAGGGGUCCUCAGAUCAUAGCACCAAACUCUCAAGUUCUUGGUUCUUAUAAAGAAAAUUAAUACAAGCUUAUUAGAAAAUUA